UGGCCUGCGGCGCGGGCGGGGCGUGGGGCGGGGCCACACCGCCACCGUCCGGGCUGGGACAACCUAAGACCGGGAAUAGGAGAAGGCUAGUGGCCCUGCGCCCGCCGGGAGCGGGCCCCGGGCCGCCCGAGAGGCCCUGCCGGCGGCGUCCCCAGCGCGCCGCCUGCGAGUUGGCUGCGCGAAACUUUUCUCUGCGCCCCUUGGCGCCCCGACCCGGAGCCAGAGCCCACUCCUACUAGGAUCGCGGCCCGAGGGAAGUCAAGGGGGGUGACGCCCGUGGCGCCCCCCCUCCCCCGCCGCCCGUCGGGGCGCGGCCGGGCGCGGCGGCGGGGCUGGGGCUCCGGGCGAUGGCCGCGGAGCUGGCGAUGGGCGCCGAGCUGCCCAGCAGCCCACUGGCCAUCGAGUACGUGAACGACUUUGACCUGAUGAAGUUCGAGGUAAAGAAGGAGCCACCCGAGGCCGAGCGCUUCUGCCACCGCCUGCCUCCCGGUUCACUGUCCUCGACGCCGCUCAGCACGCCCUGCUCCUCCGUGCCCUCUUCGCCCAGCUUCUGCGCGCCCAGCCCGGGCACCGGCGGCGGCAGUGCGGGGGGCGGCGGCGGCGCGGCUCAGGCUGGGGGUGCUCCCGGGCCACCGACUGGGGGGCCCAGCGCUGUCGGGGGCGCCUCGGGGAAGCCGGCGCUGGAGGAUCUGUACUGGAUGAGCGGCUACCAGCACCACCUCAACCCCGAGGCGCUCAACCUGACGCCCGAGGACGCGGUGGAGGCGCUCAUCAGCAGCGGCCACCACGCCGGGCACCACGGCACUCACCACCCGGCAGCCACCGCGGCCUACGAAGCCUUCCGGGGCCAGGGCUUCUCGGGCGGCGGCGGCGCGGACGACAUGGGCUCCGGCCACCACCACGGCGUGCACCACACUGCCCAUCACCACCACGCCGCCCACCACCAUCACCACCACCACCACCACCACGGCGGCGCGGGCCACCAUGGCGGCGCGGGCCACGGCGGCGGCAACGCGGGCCACCACGUGCGCCUGGAGGAGCGCUUUUCCGAUGAUCAGCUGGUGUCCAUGUCAGUGCGGGAGCUGAACCGGCAGCUCCGCGGCUUCAGUAAGGAGGAGGUCAUCCGGCUGAAGCAGAAGCGGCGCACGCUCAAGAACCGCGGCUACGCGCAGUCGUGCCGCUUCAAGCGGGUGCAGCAGCGGCACAUUCUGGAGAGCGAGAAGUGCCAGCUCCAGAGCCAGGUGGAGCAGCUGAAGCUGGAGGUGGGGCGCCUGGCCAAGGAGCGGGACCUGUACAAGGAGAAAUACGAGAAGUUGGCGGGCCGGGGCGGCCCCGGGGGCGCGGGCGGGGCCGGCUUCCCACGGGAGUCCUCGCCGCCGCAAGCAGGCCCCGGCGGGGCCAAGGGCGCACCCGACUUCUUCCUGUGAGUGCCGGACCCCGGGCCUCGCCGCCGCCGGGGUAAAGUUUGCGCAGGCCGCCGAGGCCUCGGCUGGGACUCCAUGGCCCAGGACGCGCGCGCAAGGCUGGUGCAGCGGGAGCCGCGGUGGUUCGCCCGCGCCCGCCCCGGCCUGCGCGUCCCGCCGCUAAGCCCCGGGCGCGGGGUGCAGACCCCUCCCCGGUGCGCCUCCUGCGCCCGCCCUGGCUCCCAGCGCCCUGAGGGUCGCCGUCCUGACGUGGCCAUGAUCCCUCCACGCGCUGAGAACGGUGACUUCCAAGGAAGCCGAGCCAGGUCUAACUCACCCGCACACUUGUACAUAUGUCGAGAGCGGUUCCGACCUUCGUGCGUCCGCAGGGGCCGCGCUGCGGGUCUCUCCCGGGCAGCCUCCGCCUGCCCCGCGCUGUUCCUCUGUUGUCUUUCUUUCCGUCUCCCUUCCCUCGCCCCUUUUUUUCUCCUCCUCCUUUUAAAGGUGGUCUUAUUUUCGAAACAGUUGUAAUUAUUUUUGCUUGAUGAUUAGAAAAGAAAACCCGGAGGAAGCUCCUUCCCCAACCGGUGCGCCCUCGGAUGUCCGCGAGUGCCCGCAUGCGUCGCUCGCCUGGUCGCUCGGAGGGGCCCGGUCCUGUCUGCCCUCCUGCCCGCUUGCCCCCAGCCCUGCCCCGCGUUCCCUGGAGCCGAGGAACCUUACCUGCCGCGUUCGGUCCUGCUGCCCAGCUGUUCUCGACGGGGGGAGGGGGGUGGGGGUCGCCGUGCUCAGCCGGGUGGGGGCUGGCCCGGACUCCCGCGCUGCUAUUUCUCUAUGCACCAGAUCGUAUUUAUGACUCCUGGGGAAAUAUAUCUUAUUUUAACCUUCAAGAGAAGUGAAAGAAAACGAAGUAAUGCACAGUAUUUCCAAAAGAAAUUUUUAAAGAGGUUUAGGCCUGAACCUCCUGGCAUGGGCGGGUGGAGAAAAUGUUUUAAAAUUGUAUUUCGUUUUGUUUGUGGAAUUCUUCUUAAAGCUUGGCCACUUUUUGGACUAGCCGGGAAAAGGGGCAAGAAGUGGGUGCUACGGCCUCUAGGCUGGGCGAGGCCCCGUCGCUCCUCCCACCGGGCUCCUGCUGAGUUUUCAGAAGCAGGAGAUUCAACAACUCAUUGAAAGUUUUGUUGUGUUGUUGGGUUUUUUGUUGCAUUCUUUUUUCAUUUGCUACGAGACUGAAGAAAAAACGAAAACAAAAUAAAUCCGUUUAGAUCCAAAAGUCACCAGAGCCUGGCUGCUGCGUCUGUGACUUUUGUCUUUGACUCGUUUCUCCGAAAUAGAAAGAUAAGGAGGCAACCCUAGAUGGGGCUUUGCCUUAGCUCCAGAUGCCCCUGACCGGGCAGGACCAGGGAGAAACCGACUAGGUUGUAAACAAACUGGCUUUGCACCCACAGGGCCUGCGUCCUCAGAGGCUGUCCCUCAGGAACAAGUCCCAGCAGCUAUUGGCCACAGGCUUCCAUCCAGGCAGGGGGUACCCUUGGUAGUGACCCCCCAAGUGCAGCAUUCUGGUAGCAAGAGCUGUGCCAGUUCUUCUGCCUCCCUUGCCCCUAGGAGUGGCCUGGCCUCCAUUCUCUGAACAGUCCAAGAAGGGCCUUGGGUGUACCAGGAGGAACCAGGACCCUGUGGAAACCUCACCCUAUAGGGACUCAGGCUGACUGCCCCUUUUUAAGGGACUGUUCUCUCUCUUCACCAUGGGAAGGAAGUGUGCAGAUUCAGAGACUCCCCACCCUGUGGGGGCUUCUCUAAUGCACCUACGCCAGAGCCAGCGCUGGUUUUCUGACCAGCAACACGGAGGCUCCUGUUGCCUGUGCACUGCAGUUCUUGAGUGAAUCCUGAGUGUAUGUCUCAGUCCCAGGCUCCCAAAAGGCAGGUCCUCCCAUGUCCCCCUGCCCCU